AUGGAAGCAGGCGCAGCCGAAACCUACCCGGACUCGGUCAUCGAUCCCAGCUACGUGUUGCGCUGUUUGAUCACGCUCGUGGAGAAGGAGGACAAGCUUCGGCUGGUGCGCGAAGGUGAAGUCGUGCAGGAGGAAGAUGAAACGGAGGAGAUCGAGUUAGGGUGCUUCCUUUGGGACAUUGCCACGAGUGCAGAGUUCGUAGACUUCAUGCUGAAGCACGAGCUGCUCUCCAUCCUCCUGCGCAUUCUCGCCAACCCCACUCACUCCCAUCGGUUCAGAGAAGUCAUCGUAGGCGUGCUUGGGAAUGUUGGCUCUGUGCGAAGUAGUGCACUGAACCGACAAGACCUGCAGGCGAUGCUGGUGGGCAUGUGGGUGACCAACGACGACCCACCAACCCUUGCCGAACUGGCGAGGUGCUUCACUGCGUGCGUUUGCACGGCGGAGGGACAGCAGUCGUGGGCGCCCUCGCUCCUGGAUGACGACUUCAUCGCGAAGCUGGCCUGGAUUCUGCGCUCCUCCAUGAGCGAGCUUCUGCUCCAGAGGUGCGCAGAGCUGCUCUAUGCGCUGGCCUACAUGGGCGGUCAGCUCGCCACCAAGCUCGUGUGGGACCACGACAUGCUGGGCGUACUGGGCGCUCAGCUCGGCCAACCAGAAGACAGAAUAACGGAAAAGAUCGCACACCUCAUGUGGGAAGUGGUGGAGUUGCUGCUGUCGCGACCGGGACUUGCCGUCCACCCCGAGAACCAACCGGGCCAGACCAGCGGCGUCGCCGAAGAGCGGGUGAUGCGCAAGAUGGCCGACGCAUUCGUGCCAGUGGCUGUGCAGUGGCUUCGCACUGAGGUCGAUGAGGACGACGUGCACAAGAUAUGCACGCUGCUGCUUGCCAACACACUCGCCUACUUGAACGAGGAGCAGAUGGCCGCUCUGAUCGAUGCUCGCUUGGUGGUGUCUCUCGUGCGCCUCCUGUCCCAGUCGCAGGACUCAGGCGACGAGCCGAUCCAUCUGGCCGUGUGGGUUUGGGCGCAGCAACAGCUGAGCCUGUCGGGCAAGCGACUGAGGCCGUGA